AGCCCCGGCCCAGAUGGCAUACCCUAUGAAAUCCUCCAACUCCUUAUUGACCAUCCCAUGUACACCAACCUCACUUAUGUCAUUUACAAUAAUACCCUCCAUCUUGGUAUAUUCCCUACUUCCUGGCAGUUGACAUGUGUUAUCCUUCUUCCCAAGAAAAGAGACCUGCCCUCUCUCAAGAACUGGAGGCCCAUAGCUCUCAUUAAUGCCGGUGCCAAAGUAUUCACCCACCUUGUCAACAACUGCAUGAUUCCUGCAGCCAGCUCUCUUGCUUCCGCAUACCAAACUGGAUUUAUCCAUGGA